AUGUCUCUCCCAUUCUCAAAUCAGCCCCCCGCUGAGCGGGUGCCUUAUGCUAUCCCUCAACUCGAGGGCGAGCGCAUCACCAUUCCCGGCAGUAAGGGUGUGUUCCGCAUUCUGACUUCCUCCAAGCAGACCAAUGGUCUCAUGGCGGUCUUCCAGAGUGGCGCGACUGUCUCUGAUGCUCCGGGUUUCCACUACCACGAGAAGGCCCACGAUGUCUUCUUGGUCACAAAGGGCUAUCUGAAGCUGUGGAACGGUCCUCAGUGCCGUAUUCUGGGCCCUGGCGACUUUGCCUAUAUUCCUCCCACUGUCAUUCACAACCCCGAAAUGGUCGGUCCCCACACGGAGCUCCAGGGCCUGAUCACCCCCGGUGACUGGGUGGACUUCUUCCGUUACGUCUCCGAGCCCUACGAGGGUAUCCUGGUGCCCGAGACCGACAACCGCGAUCUCAAGUCUCUGUUGAUCCCCAAGGUCAUGGCCGCCAAGGGCAAGUUCGACGUCGUCUUCCAGCCCCACUACGUGCCCCCCGAGGUUAGCGACUGGACCAAGGAGGACGAGAAGCUUCCCGAGGGCCACCAGGGUUACUUCCUGCGCGCCAACACCGGUCCUCGCUGGAUGUUGGGUGGUGUUAUGUCUCGUCCUUUCGUUACGACGAAGCAGAGCACCGGUGUCUGUGCGAUUUCUAGCAUCGAGUCUUCCAAGGACUACGGCGAGACUGUGUUCUCCAAGUAUAUCACUUUCGCCUCUGUGGACCACUGUCUCUGCGUCAUGGAGGGUGCUCUCAAGGUGAGCCUGGAGGGUGUGGGCGAGACUAUCUUCCGCGAGGGCGAGACCGUGGUGAUUCCUGCCGGCCAGGCUUUCUCCCUCGGCUUCGAGAGCAAAUAUGUCAAGGUCCACUCCUUUGCCGACGGUGAUGGUAUUGAGUCUCUGAUCCACCAGGCCGGUAAGCAGAUCGAGGAAGUCGUUCUGCCAGACCAGGCCCCCGAGUACGAUUCAUCAAAGCUGGCCUCGGUUGCGGAGGAGCUUAAGAUUACCUUCUAA